AUGAAUUGCGACUGGAAAACGAAGAAGCGAACGAAUACUCUCGUUAAACUAGCCACUAAAAGAAGGACUCUGAGUGAAAACAAAUUACGAGCCGCAAAGUGUGGCACCAUUCUAGAUGUAUUCGUGUCUCAUUCGAUCAGGAAAAUGAAGAAGUUAGCUGCUACAUCGUCCACAGAGAAAAUUUACAAAGACAUUGUCGACGGUGACAUCAGCUUGCUUUACGAGGUGAUGGUGGUUGUGAAGGAGAGAAGACGAGACGAACAGACCGGUAAGUAUUCGAGUGUCGCCGUCGAAAAGAAAGCGAGUGACUUUCUCAGGGAAACCGCUCGUAAUAAAAAAGCAGUUGCAGUCAAGGCUUUGAAAGAAGCCAAGAUUGCAUUUAUGAAGAAAACGAAAAGAACGCAAAACAAACAAAAAAUCAAAGAACGAAUUUUUCAACGAAAAGAGUUCUUCUUCUCUCUUCUUUUGUUGAACAACGCGCCGCUUCCACAAAAAAAAAGAUCAAACACCUUUAGAUCAAACAACAACAACAGAUCUUUGAACGACGUCGACGAUAAGAUGACGACGCUCAUGCAAAUGCCCGACGGGCGAUUGAUCCAGCCGCAAAUCGUUUUGUUAAAAGAAGGCACGGACACUUCACAGGGCAAAGGCCAAUUGAUUUCAAACAUCAACGCGUGCAUGGCCAUCGUGGAUACCAUUCGAACAACCUUAGGUCCUCGAGGAUUAGAUAAAUUAGUCGUCGAUAACCGAGGCGUGACGACGAUUACCAACGACGGGGCGACGAUCAUGAAGUUGUUAGAAAUAGUCCAUCCGGCGGUGAAAACUUUGGUGGACAUCGCUCGAUCGCAAGAUGCAGAAGUUGGCGACGGCACCACUACGGUUGUUUUGUUAUGCGGAGAGUUUUUGAGAGAAGCGAAACCGUUCAUUGAGGAUGGCGUGCAUCCGAUGAAUAUCAUUCGCGCGUUUCGUAAAGCGAGCGAACUCGCCGUCCAAAAAGUCAAAGAAGUUUCGGUUUCCAUCGAAGGAAACUCAAAAGAAGAGAAAGAAGAGAUGUUGAAAAAGUGCGCGAUGACGACGUUGUCCUCGAAACUCGUCGGUGGCGAGAAGGAAUUUUUCGCCAAGAUGGUCGUCGACGCCGUCGGCCACUUGGACCAAGACUUGUUAGACCCAAAAAUGAUUGGCGUGAAGAAAGUUUUAGGCGCGAGCAUGCGAGACUCCUUUCUCGUCGAUGGAGUGGCGUUUAAGAAAACGUUUUCGUACGCCGGUUUCGAGCAAAUGACGAAGAAAAUGGUCAAACCGAAGAUUUUAGCGUUAAAUUUGGAGUUGGAGUUGAAAUCGGAAAAAGACAACGCCGAAGUGCGAUUGAGCGACCCGUCCAAGUACCAAGAAAUUGUCGAUGCCGAAUGGAACAUCAUCUACGAUAAGCUCGAGAAGUGCGUUCAGUCGGGCGCGAACGUUGUGCUAUCUCGAUUAGCCAUUGGUGAUUUAGCUACGCAAUACUUUGCCGAUCGAGGCUUGUUUUGUGCCGGGAGAGUCGAACAGGCGGAUUUGGACAGAUGCACGCGAGCAACUGGUGCGGCAGUGCAAACGACUGUGAACGAUUUGAACGAUGAGCAAUUAGGUACGUGCGAUAUCUUUGAAGAAAUUCAAGUCGGUUCCGAACGCUUUAACGUUUUCCGUGGAUGCACGGAAGCGAAGACGUGCACUUUAGUUUUACGAGGCGGCGCCGAGCAAUUCAUCGAGGAAGCGGCGAGAAGUUUAAACGACGCCAUUGAAAUCGUCCGUCGCGCGACGAAAAACGCGGCUGUAGUACCUGGUGGCGGUGCCAUUGAUAUGGAGUUGAGUAAAUGUUUAAAAGAGUACGCGCGAACUGUCGAAGGAAAAUCGCAACUGUUUAUUCACGCGUUUGCUCGCGCUUUAGAAGUCAUCCCGAGACAGUUGUGCGACAACUCUGGGUGCGACGCCACGGACGUUUUGAAUAAACUUCGGCAAAAACACGCCUCUCCAAACCACGAAGGCUUGAAUUUCGGCGUCGAUGUCAACUCGGGCGGGAUUUUAGAUACCUUUGCGAACUUUAUUUGGGAACCGGCUUUGGUCAAGUGCAACGCCAUCGCCGCGGCGUGCGAGGCCACGUGUUUGAUUCUUUCCAUCGAUGAAACCGUGCGAAACCCGAGAAGCGAAGAUGCUCAAGGCGGUGGUGGUGGCGGGCGAGGAGGAGGCAGAGGCGGUCGAGGCGGUGGUCGAGGCAUGAGACGUUAA